ACGUCAUUUCACGAUUGGACGAGGCAUUUCAGAGUUGGAAGAUGGAAAUACUUAGUUGGAAACCGUUUGUGUCUGGAGGCAUUGCUUCCAUAGCUGCCGAAUUAGGCACUGUGAAUGUGUUGCUUUUGUCAAUAGGAACAUUUCCUAUUGAUCUGACAAAAACGAGGUUGCAAAUUCAAGGGCAAGUGAGCGACGCAGCUCAUUCACAGUUGAAAUAUCGAGGCAUGAUACAUGCCAUUGUUACUAUCACCAAAGAAGAGGGUGUAAAAGCUCUCUAUUCAGGAAUUGCUCCUGCAGUAUUACGUCAGGCAACAUAUGGAACGAUUAAGUUGGGGUGCUAUCAUGCAUUUAAACGAAUACUUGCCGGAAACGCUGAAGAUGAGACGCUGUUGACUAAUGUAAUUUCAGCAGUAGCUGCUGGUGGUCUUGCUGCAGCUAUUGCUAAUCCAACUGAUGUAUUGAAAGUAAGGAUGCAGGUUGGAACACCAUCUACUGUAUCAUCGAGAGGAAUGUUCUCAUCGUUUGCUGAUAUUUACAAGAUGGAAGGCUUUAGGGGUCUUUAUCGUGGUGUUGGACCAAAUACACAACGAGCUGCUGUAGUUGUUGGAGUGGAACUCUCAAUGUAUGACUGGAUAAAGCAAAAACUACUAAGAGCCAAACUAGUGGAGGACACCAUGAACACUCACUUCCUAUGUGGAAUGUUUGCUGGGUUUGCUGGAGCAGUGGCCUCUAAUCCUAUUGAUGUGAUUAAGUCAAGGUUGAUGAAUCAAAGGCUGCUGAAAGCAGGUGUAUCAACUGUUUACAAAGGCUCCGUGGAUUGUGCUCGUCAGACAAUUAAGACUGAAGGAUUCAUGGCCCUCUAUAAAGGUUUCAUUCCUCUUUACUUCCGGCUUGGUCCUUGGAACAUCAUUUUCUUUGUAGUAUUUGAGCAAUGUCGAUUGGCUUUCUCUUAACCAGAUUGCACAAAUGCUGUUUCUUGCCCACGAGAAUAAUUUUUACUACGUGUUUGACGGCGGACAGAUUCCUAGUUAUUAUUUUGAUUAUUUUAUUUUAUUUAAGUUAAUUUAACGUAAUGAAAAGUAACGUUUCUUGUAGCUCUGUCUGCACUACUGCAACUGAAUUCUGAAUUGUGUGGUGUGUGGAGGUGUUGGCGAAGCCUUGCGCUAUCAUAAUGCCUAUAUAUAAAACAUUUUAGCUAUA